GCGAGUGUCUGAUCUGAGGUCAGCGAUAAGUGCACAUACUGCGAGUGGAAAGACAGGAAGAGCUGCGUAGCGUCUGAACACACACAGUCUCUCUCUCGCUCUCUCGCUCUCUCUCUCUCUCUCUCUCUCUCACACACACACACAUUUACAGUGUUUCACAUUAAAGCGAACCUUAAACGGUAACAUUUCACUGAGGGGAGUUUAAUAUCCGCAUUGAUGAAGAUAAAGAUGAUGAUGAUGAUGAUGGUGGUGUAAUGAUUAACUGCAGCCUCCGCGCUCGCUGCUCCGGAUAUGUGGCAGAAAUAUACAUUUCAGUUUCAUCUCUGAUCAUCUGCAAUUCUGUGAUUAAUACAGAAACUUAAGAGAGAAAAUGGCGACAUGUUGAGGUUUGAGCUGCAGUAACAGAAGCAUCAUGGAACCUGGAACUGACACACAGGGAGAUGCGGACAAACCUCUGCAUCAUGCAGAGAACAGAGAGCACCCCGCCCCCUCAGGUGGUGUGAUGCCCAGUGAUGAUGCUAGUGUUCUGACUCCGGGUAGGAUGAGGAAGGAGGCGGGGCUUCAUUCACACAACAAAGAACAGAUCACCAUCAGCACCCUGAGCCCGGGAUCCAAUCCAGGACAUGGUUUUGAAAGGAAGGAGGACAUAUUACCUUUAAAAGAGGAUUCAUCUCUGUCCCUAUCUAAAAGCAGGUCUGAGUCUAAGCUGUAUAAUGGAUCAGAUAAAGAUGUUUCAACCUCAGCUAACAAACUCACCAAGAAAGAGUCUCUCAAGGUCCAGAAGAAGAACUAUAGGGAGGAGAAGAAGCGAGCAACUAAAGAGCUGCUGAGCACAAUCACUGAUCCCUCAGUCGUUGUCAUGGCCGACUGGCUCAAGAUCCGUGGCUCUCUGAAGAGCUGGACAAAGCUGUGGUGUGUGUUGAAGCCAGGUGUGUUACUGAUCUAUAAGAGUCAGAAAAGUGAUCAGUGGGUGGGGACGGUGCUAUUGAGCGCGUGCGAACUCAUCGAGAGGCCUUCAAAGAAAAACGGUUUCUGCUUUAAACUGUUCCACCCGUUGGAGCAGUCCAUAUGGGCCACCAAGGGCCCCAAAGGAGAGACUGUUGGUUCUAUCACUCAGCCUCUACCCAGUAGUCACCUCAUAUUCAGAGCUGCUUCAGAGUCAGAUGGUCGUUGCUGGAUGGAUGCUCUUGAACUGGCUCUUAAAUGUUCCAGUCUGCUAAAGAGGACGAUGAUCCGCGAGGGAAAAGAAGAAACAACUGAACAUGCACAAAUUAACUUCUACAGCCUGCUGAGAUCACACAACCUGCAUGAAAGUGACCAGUUUAAGGAUGAGCUGAACUCCGAUAAGUCAGAUAGAGAGAUUGAGCAGGACGAGUGGGAGAAGAGUGAAGAGAGCGACAGUGACACCAGUGAAAGACAGGAAGACUUGUAUGCGGAUCUGGAGCACGACACACUGAGGGAAACUCUUUACGUGGAGCAGAGCCAUGAGGAGCUAGGCGAGGCGGGUGAGGCAUCUCAGACAGAGACAGUAUCUGAGGAGAAUAAGUCUCUGAUCUGGACGCUGCUGAAGCAGGUUCGGCCCGGAAUGGAUCUGUCCAAAGUGGUUUUGCCCACCUUCAUCCUGGAGCCCAGAUCAUUCCUGGAUAAACUGUCUGAUUACUACUACCAUGCUGACUUCAUGUCUGAAGCCGCAGUAGAGGAAAAUGCCUACAACCGCAUGAAGAAGGUGGUGAAGUGGUACAUCUCUGGAUUCUACAAGAAACCAAAAGGUCUGAAGAAACCAUACAACCCCAUCAUAGGAGAAACAUUUCGCUGCAUGUGGAUUCACCCAAAGACCAACAGCAAAACAUUUUACAUCUCAGAGCAGGUAUCUCAUCAUCCUCCAGUUUCUGCAUUCUAUGUCAGUAACAGGAAAGAUGGAUUCUGUCUGAGCGGCAGCAUCCUGGCCAAGUCAAAGUUCUACGGAAAUUCUCUGUCGGCCAUUUUGGAUGGAGAAGCAAGACUGACCUUCCUAAACCGAGGAGAAGAUUACAUCAUGAACAUGCCAUAUGCACACUGCAAAGGUAUCCUGUAUGGGACGAUGACACUGGAGCUUGCAGGUCAGGUCACCAUUAUGUGUGAGAAAACAGGAUACAGUGCACAACUGGAGUUCAAACUAAAGCCAUUUCUUGGCAGUAGUGACAGUGUGAAUCAGAUCAGCGGGAAGAUUAAACUGGGGAAGGAAGUGCUGGCUACACUGGAGGGUCACUGGGACAGUGAGAUCUUCAUAAACGAUAAGAAGUCAGGUGUAUGUGAGACGUUCUGGAACCCAACUCCGGAGCUCCGUCAGAGCCGCCUGACCCGAUGUACUGUCGCUCAGGAGGAACAGGGGGACUUUGAGUCUGAGAGACUAUGGCAGCAUGUGACUCGCGCUAUACUGAAUAAAGACCAGACAGAGGCGACCAAUGAGAAGUUUGUGUUGGAGGAGGCUCAGAGGAAGUGUGCGCGAGAGAGGAAGCUG